GGGAAAACCGGGAACCGGAAGUGAAGGCAGAUUCCCUUCGUCGCUGUUGCCGCCGCCAUACGUCUUUGCCUUGCUCAGCUCUUCUGUCAGAAACUAGUGUGUUUCUUUUCCUCUUCUGUUCCUCAAGCCCCCACUCUCCUCCUCUUGUCUUCCUUUAUUCUGCGCUAACCCAUCCGGAGACCCUUCCCCUUCUCCUGCCGGCUCAGUUAUGGCGGAGAACGAUGUGGACAAUGAGCUCUUGGAUUAUGAAGAUGAUGAGGUGGAGACGGCAGCUGGGGGAGAUGGGGCUGAGGCCCCUGCCAAGAAGGAUGUCAAGGGCUCCUAUGUCUCCAUCCACAGCUCUGGCUUUCGUGACUUCCUGCUCAAGCCAGAGUUGCUCCGGGCCAUUGUUGACUGUGGCUUUGAGCAUCCAUCAGAAGUCCAGCAUGAGUGCAUCCCUCAAGCCAUCCUGGGAAUGGACGUCCUAUGCCAGGCCAAGUCAGGCAUGGGAAAGACAGCAGUGUUUGUGCUGGCUACCCUACAACAAUUGGAGCCAGUUACUGGACAGGUGUCUGUACUGGUGAUGUGUCACACUCGGGAGUUGGCUUUUCAGAUCAGCAAGGAGUAUGAGCGCUUCUCCAAAUACAUGCCCAGCGUCAAGGUUGCAGUGUUUUUUGGUGGUCUGUCUAUCAAGAAGGAUGAAGAGGUGCUGAAGAAGAACUGCCCGCAUAUCGUCGUGGGGACCCCUGGCCGCAUCCUAGCCCUGGCUCGAAAUAAGAGCCUCAACCUCAAACACAUUAAACACUUUAUCUUGGAUGAAUGCGAUAAGAUGCUUGAACAGCUCGACAUGCGUCGGGAUGUCCAGGAAAUUUUUCGCAUGACCCCCCAUGAGAAGCAGGUCAUGAUGUUCAGUGCUACCUUGAGCAAAGAGAUUCGUCCAGUCUGCCGCAAGUUCAUGCAAGACCCAAUGGAGAUCUUCGUGGAUGAUGAGACGAAGCUGACGCUGCAUGGAUUGCAGCAGUACUACGUGAAACUGAAGGACAACGAGAAGAACCGGAAGCUCUUUGACCUUCUGGAUGUCCUUGAAUUCAACCAGGUGGUGAUAUUUGUGAAGUCUGUGCAGCGUUGCAUUGCCCUGGCCCAGCUCCUGGUGGAGCAGAACUUCCCAGCCAUUGCUAUCCACCGUGGGAUGCCCCAGGAGGAGAGGCUUUCUCGGUAUCAGCAAUUUAAAGAUUUUCAACGACGGAUUCUUGUGGCUACCAACCUGUUUGGCCGAGGCAUGGACAUCGAGCGGGUGAACAUUGCUUUUAACUACGACAUGCCUGAGGAUUCAGACACCUACCUGCAUCGGGUGGCCAGAGCAGGCCGGUUUGGCACCAAGGGCUUGGCCAUCACAUUUGUGUCAGAUGAGAAUGAUGCCAAGAUCCUCAAUGAUGUGCAGGAUCGCUUUGAAGUCAAUAUAAGUGAGCUGCCUGAUGAGAUAGACAUCUCCUCCUACAUUGAACAGACGCGGUAGAGGACUCAGCCCCCAUUCUGGAAUGCGACAGUCCUCUUCAGGAGAGCGCACCAGGCGUGGGGGUGAAGGAGACACUACUGGCCCCGGCGCCCACCCCAUGACUCCCUCUGCCAUCACCACCACUCCUAAAACCCAUUUCCCCGAUUUGUCGGAAUUUUUUUUUUUUUAACAAAACUAAAAAACUUAUGCGUC